AUGUCUGAAAAGACAACAACCAAUACCUCACAGUUCAGAAUAUCAAAAAAUUCUGCUUCUGGGAAUGGUACAACUUCAAAAAUCAGAGAACAAUUAAAUUUUAAGGAUGAUAGAAAGUGGAAACAGUUUUCAAGCAGAAGACUAGAAUUAAUCGAUAAAUUUGGUCUUUCAAAUAAAAAAGCAAGUGAACAAGAUGAUAACAUUAGGCAAAUCGCGACUAUAUUAAGAACUGAAUUCAAUUAUCCUGUAAGUUAUUCUCCAGAAUUUGAGAAAUUAGUAACAGCAGCAGUGCAAUCUGUUAGAAGAAAUCGGAAAAGAUCAAAGAAAAACUUUAUUACACCUAAUAAUUCCAAAAAUACGUCCACUGCUGAAGUUUCCUCUACACCACCUUCCGAUGAUGAUAAUAAUAAUGGCAACGUAAGUAGGGUCUUAUCUCCAGUACCAUCUCAAUUCGCAACUCCAAUGACAUUCACAAUUAAUGCAUCCAUGCAAAAUUCAAACAAACAGUACCAAUUACCAAGUAUGCAACCAAAACUAGGUCAUGUACUAACUACCGAUAAAAAUAAUAAGGGAAAAAGUGCUAGUAUGCCGAAGUUGAAUUUGCCAUCAUCUUACUCAUCUCCUUCUGUUAGAACAGAACCUACCAAUCCUUUGAGUAACUCAUACAACGAUAUUAUCAAAUCAGUAAUUUCAGAGAUUGUCAACAAUAUAAUUCCAUUAUCAGAACAAUUUAAAAAAGAAGGUUCAGAUAUUCCAAACUUAUCUGAUUUUGCUUUAUCUACUCAAGAUCAUAAAUUGCUAUCCAUUUCUAAUGAUAAUACAGGGAACAAGGGCACUAGAGGAAAUGAUGAUGUCUUAAGCUUACCAGGCUUUUUAAGGAAAAAUAUUUUAAUUCAUAUACAGAGAUCUAGAACAUGUUCUGAAAUGGCAUUGCCGGAGGGGUCCAUAGAUAACUAUGAGAAUUUGGAGAUUUUAGGUGAAAUGUCAAUAAAAUCAGCAAUUGUAUUCGUCAUUGAAAGAUUUUUCUCAAACCUAUUGCCAAAUUCUAUGCAAUAUAUAUCAAGCAAAACUAUGUCUAAGGAAACGUUAGCUUCUUUAUCUGUUAAAUUAUUUGACAGCGCAACAAAUCAUAAUUUGGCUGUUUUGCCAAUAGAUAAUGUGCAAAUAAAACUAUUUUAUCUUCUGUUAGGAGGUAUAAUUAAGGAUUUUGGUUUCGAUCCAAUACUUUAUCCACUGAGCGAAAUUAUUCAUCAUAUUGUUGUUAAACAAUAUCCGGUAGAGUCUAGUAAUCAAACUGGUGCUGGCAUUUCAACGUCAACAAAUCAUAAUCAACAAGUUAGCAUCUCAUCAUCAAUUAGGACUGCCGUAUUGUGUACCACUUCAAUGAAACCUCAACAAGCAAAUGAAGAUGUUAACAGAAAGGUCCUCAUUAAAUUUAAAGAUCGUCAACAACUUUUCAAAUUUCCAUUAUUGAGCAACGGCACACCAACUGUUAAUGAAAUACUUGAAAGUUCACGUUCUCUGUUUAACAUUGUUAAAAAAUCUGAUGUUUUAGGAUUAUAUCACAACAAUAAUUUAGUUGUAGAAGAUAAUGAACUUGUCAAAUUGUUCAAUGGUUUUCCUACUAGUAAUGAAAUUAUCUUGGAAAUAAAAGAAAAAGAAUUUAAUGAAAACCUUCCAAAGAUCUACUCUGUUCCUUCAAUAAAACAUCAUGUCACUAACUUAACUACGACUUCUGGCGACCAAAAUGAAUCACUUGGUUUAAGGAUAUUAAGUGCCGUUUCUUUGGGCAUAAAGGAUGAAUCUAAUGUAGAUAACCAAAAGGUCACCCAUACACUACCAAUUACAAACCCAUUAUUAUCUAAAAACAUGAGACACUCAGAUAGCGUUUCUAAACUAGAUAAUAUCAUAAGUCGUAUAUCUUCAGAACCUGCACUUGCACCUGUAUCUUCUAAACCAAACUUGAAAGGGUCAUUUGAAAAUGGAAAUUUACCUCAACCUAUGUUUCAACCUUUAUUGUAA